ACAUGACAGAGCACUCUUGUUUAGCCAUACUCGGCACUCUCUCAACCCCCCUCUGUCUCGCUCUUUAACUUCACCCCGACUCUCUCGCUCGCCCUCCUCCCGCAGCUCUCUUCAAUGCCCUGUGCUAUGAAGGUGGAGACGAUUCGGCAGGUGGUGAGGCUGAAGCAAUUGGUGCAGCGGUGGAAGAACCUAAGCCUUCGCCGCCGCUCCCUGUUGUCCUCGUCGGACUCGGACUCGGACUCGGAGCCGUCGUCCGGGUCGUCCUCCCGGGCAAACCGCCGGAUCUCGUCGGGUUACCUGGCGGUGUACGCGGGGGCGGAGCGCCGGCGAUUCGUGAUCCCCACGCGCUAUCUGAACCUACCGGUGUUCGUGGCCCUGCUCAACAAGGCCGAAGAAGAGUUCGGAUUCCAGUCCAGCGGAGGCCUGGUGUUGCCCUGCGAAGUGGGCUUCUUCAGGCAAGUCCUGAGGUUUCUGCAAGUGGACGAGCAGAGAUUUGGGGGGCUGGAGCUCGACGGCUUCUUGAAGAUGGUUUCGGAAGUCGGUUUUGAUUCCUGUAAGGAGACGACCAACCCUUGCCAUGGAUUCACGCCUCUGUUGCAGAAGGCUAGGGUUUGACAAUUUGGGGUUAGUUAGGUUCGCUUUAUUCCUUUUGUUUGAGUUUUUGUUUUUUCCUUUGGGCUCAUUGGAAAGAUUUAGGGCUCUGUAAAUGGUGGUGGAGAAUGCGAUGUCCUUUUUCUUUCUUCAAAAGUGUUUUUUUUUUUUUUUUAAUUCCAACCAUCCAUGAACCCAAUCUUAACCGUGACUGGGUUUCAAUGAGAUGUCGAACUUUUCUUUUUCUCUGUUUUUCCAUUUUCUGGUUGCGGGAAGAGUAAUUUUUUCCCAUGAUGCUGAUGGUACGGAUAAUGAUGAUGAUGAUGAUAUUGAACAUUUUUUUCUGAAUGAAAAUUUUGUGCCAA